GCUUCCUGGUGUGUAACUGAAGCCGAUAUAUAUAAUAUGGGCAUUAAUUAUAUAAUAGUUCUCCUUUUAGCAGGAACGCCUUGUAUGUCUGGAUUUGUUUGUCCCAGUGCAUACUUCAGACACAAUUGUGCUAAACGUUGCAGUAACAACUGUGUUCAUGGAAAAUGCAACAAUGUAGAGGGGACAUGCGAUGUAGGUUAGAGGGUUACAUCGGGACAAGGUGUUUCAAUGCAUGUCAGGCUGGGUAUUAUGGGGAAAACUGCGCUAAUCUUUGUCCAGCAACCUGGAACCGUACAUGUCACCAUGUACAUGGAUCUUGCUCUGAAGAAAACAAAGAAACCAAUCCUGUUGCAGACAUGACUUUCAAUGCAACUUUGGCAGUAGUGAUUAUAAUUGCAGUAGUCGUAUCCAUUAUAGCUGUAGUUGGCAUUAUAGUAAUCAUAAGAAGGAAUAAACUAAACUUAUUCCACAGGCCUAGGAAAGUUGAACAACCCCAGGCUCAGCAAAAUGAAGAGAGAAAUGUGAGACAUGGCGAUACUCACAUGCAGGAUGGAAAUUCAUUUUAUGAGGAGUGCUUGGUAGACAGUGGAUUUGCGCACAUUCGAAAGCUCUAUCGACGCUCUGGCAUUGAUUCUCUUGCACAGUUCUUCACACUUGUAAACAAAUCGGCCUCUUCAAAUGAAGCAGUAUCCUAUGAUGACACUUGGCAAUGGCGAAACUGGAAAGACUUUCUUUCUACUUACUUUCGCCCUGUGAAGAGGAAUGAUGUUGGGCUCAGUUUCGAUGAAUUAUCAAGAGAUAAAAUCGCCACACAGUCUAAAGUCUUUGGAUGUAUUCCUCCUUGUGGUCCAGAAAAAGCGAUUGAUGGCGAUAUUGAAACAUGCAUGAAGAAUGACGCUAUAGGUCAGAACUCUCCUGAUAAAACCGUAUGGUGGACUAUAGAUCUUGGAUCGAAUUUGAACAUUUACAGCAUCAUUGUGUAUUUCAGAGAUUAUGGAGAUUACGAAAUGAGGCAGAGAGGUCGUUUUGCUGGAUUUUCCCUUUAUAUAUCCGAUACUCCGAACAAAGAAGAUGGAACUCUCUGUUACAAGGACGAACUUCCAUUACCUCCCUUGGAGUUUAAUACAACGUGUAUAGGAUAUGGUCGUUAUGUUAUCUAUUACAAUGAAAGACUGGACGGAGUUACAUAUCCUAAUGGAUACGUAACAAAUCCCAUCACUGAGUUAUGUGAAGUGAAAGUUACAGGAUGUUCAAAAGCUGAAGUCUAUGGAAGUAACUGUAGUAUACCCUGUCCAACCCACUGUCAAGACCAGCGAUGUAAUAUUGUAAAUGGAACGUGUUUAGGGUGCAAGCCUGGAUAUGAAGGAGAGAUGUGCAAAACCGAAUGUCCAGGGGGAUUGUACGGUAAAUUGUGUAAAAGACAAUGUGCAGGACAUUGUAGGGGAAAUAGGACGUGUGAUCACGUGACCGGUAAUUGUAAGGAAGGAUGCGCAGCGGGAUGGAUAGGAAAGCAGUGUGAUCAAAAAUGCAAGGAGGGGACUUACGGUGAUGGAUGUGCUCAUAACUGCAGUGUCUACUGCCUUGAGGGUAACACCUUCUGCAACAACGAGAAUGGUCACUGUGAAAAGGGUUGUAAUCCAGGAUAUGAAGGAAAUCGUUGUACCAAAUUUUGUCAAAGUGGAUCAUUUGGACAAAAUUGCAGUAAACAUUGUAGUGAACACUGUAACGGUAUAUGUGACAACAUAAAUGGAACCUGUUCAGAAGGAUGUUCCAAAGGUUACACUGGCAUAAGAUGUUUUGAUAGAGAAGAGGCAGGUCUUCAGGUUUUAAAUGCAUCGUCUUUGAAUGCAAUAAAUUUGGUUGUCGUCUUGGGUGCAUGCUCUGCUGCUAUCAUCAUUUUUGCACUGACUGUCAUUUUCAUAAGGUUAAAGAAACAAGCAGGAAUAAAACUCCUGAAAAAGAUGGAAGUAACAUUAAAAGAAACAAGCUCUACGAUGGAACUUAUACAGAAAGAAAAAAGCAACAUACAAGCACCAAAUAAUCAGAACCGAGUGGAUGAUGUACAUCACACAGCUAAAAAGGGCCGUCCAACAAACAAAAUUAUACCCGUGAGGAAUUUAAAUACAUUUAUAACCAAGAUGUCUGCUGCUGAGAAUGCUGGAUUUAAGCAUGAAUAUCAUGUACGACAAUAUAGGUGUACUUAA